AAAUUUGAUCACAGGCUCCCCCGAUGUAUGCUCUAUAGAUACUGUGACGGCCGUUCCGCGUGCGUCAUGUAACGUCUCCUGAUGCCGUGGGGCCGUUGGUUGUAAUAACGUAUCGAUCUCACUGUGAUAUGGGUGUGCUCUGGAGGAGGAUAAGUAUGGCGCGGUGCUCCUCUCGAAUUUCUGCUUGAUUCUUCGUUAAGAGCAUCGCUCCGGAUCAUAUCGCCCACCGUCUUUGACAGAUUUUCGCUCCCUUGUAUAUAGUUUCGCUUCUGUACAUAUUUUUCGUUUUAUUUAUCAACAUGCGUACCUCUACUGUAUAUAGCUACCUCAGCCUGAUGGCCGGAGCUGUAACGGCUCUCCCCCAUACUCUCAAGCCCCGUCAGUCAUCAGGUGCCCAGAGCGUCGUCUACUGGGGCCAGAACGGCGGUGGCACGAUCGAGAAUAACGAUCUUUCUACUUACUGUGCCUCCGAUUCCGGCAUAGACAUCAUUGUUUUAGCCUUCUUGUACUCUUGGGGAAGCGGUAGCGAUACUCCGUCAGGUACGGUCGGCCAGUCAUGUUUCAUUUCAAACUCGGGAGAGGGACAGAACUGUGAUACCGUCUCAUCGGCCAUCGCCACGUGCCAGAAAGCCGGCAUCAAGGUCAUCUUAUCCCUUGGUGGCGCUACUGCCUCUUACUCUCUGUCUUCUAACGAAGAAGCCGAAUCGAUCGGCAACUACCUCUGGCAGGCAUAUGGAAACUCGGGUAACUCCAGCGUCCAGCGACCCUUCGGUGACGUUAUCAUCGACGGCUUCGACUUUGACAUCGAAGUCAACAGGGGCAGCGAGUUCUACCCCGCUAUGAUUACCGCACUACGCUCUAACUUCGCUUCUGACUCUUCAAAAUCUUACUACAUCACUGGCGCUCCUCAGUGCCCAAUUCCGGAACCUAACAUGGGCGUGAUCAUUGGCAACGCCACGUUCGACUACCUUUGGCCACAAUUUUAUAACAACAACAACUACACUUACCCGUGCGCUCUUCCCGUUAACGGUAACGCUCCUUUCAACUACGACCAAUGGGUUAGCUGGACUGCCGACACUCCUUCAUCCGACGCCAAGAUCUUCAUUGGUGCACCGGCCGCCCCCUUGGCUGCGAACGGUGCGCCAACUGGCGAAACUUACUACGCAACACCCGAACAGCUUGCUACCAUCGUCAACGACGUCAAGAGCGAUGCUAGAUUCGGUGGUGUUAUGCUAUGGAGUGCCGGAUUCUCGGACUCCAACGUCAACAACGGUUGCACCUACGCUCAAGAGGUCCACAGCAUUCUUGACUCUGGUUCCCCUUGCUAG